GUUGAAAUAGUUAUUUGUCAUUUUAAAAAAGUUGAUUAAUUUCUAGAAGUAGAUCAAUAAUUUUUGAUGUUUGGAAUGUCUUUUGGAUAACAUCGUAAAUGAUGGAAAUUCAAGCACACACACUAUGGACUAACCUUUUCAAUAAUAACAUUUUUGAAUCAUAUAAAACGGAAAGAAAAGAACUAAAAAUCACUUCAAUGUUGAUAACAGCAUUGCAGUUAGAGCUAAGAAAUGUUUAUCAAGUUUUGGAACUAGAAAUUUCAGAGUUAAAUAAUAGAUUAAAAUAUAAAGAUACCUUAAAGGAAAAAGUUUCCAGUUCGUUUAUUGAUCAAAAAAAUUGUCCAGAACUAGAGAAUUACUCUAAUUCAUAUGCAUGUAGAACUGAAAUAGCUUCAGGACGCUUGGAAUUGGAAAGUCCUGAUAUCUUCAGAAAUGAAUCCUUAAAAACUGAGUGCUCAGAUAUUUCUGUGAUAGAUAUAUCAGUAUCAGAUGAAGUUGUUGAGAAAAUUGAUAGUAGUCCCACACUUAUUUCAAAAAGAAAAAAGAUGAAAAUAAAAAAAAAACCCAAAUGUGAAAUAAUUAGAAAAAAUGUAUUAAAAUCUCUAGAUGACAAUUCUGUUAUAGUAGAUUGUACACCUGAAGUAAAAAAAAUGUCAAAUACUAGAAAAACUGCAAAUCUCAAAAAAUUUAAGAAAAAGAACAACAGUACUCUUACUCAAUUAUUUACUGAUUUAUAUAAAAGGGAUACAGUAUGUGAAAAAAAGUCUGAGAUACAUUCGAUCAAAAGUAAUGAAACUGGCAAAAAAUCUAGCAUAGAUGAUGAUGCAACUAAAAUAGGAAUAACACAAUUAUUAAAUUUUGUAAAUGAAGAUACUCCAAAUAAAGAUGAUACUCAACAGCAUAAAGAAGAUAAAAUUAGUUCUAAGUUGGAAGUAGAUGAAUUUUCAAAGGCACUUUUGUUUGAUAAUAGCCUAGAGACUAAAUCAUCACCAAAAGAAAAUAUCAAAGUUUUAGCAACUGUAGAACCAGUUGUCCGGGGACAUGCUAGAAAAUUAUUAAAAGGAUUUUCAUGUGCACAAUGUAGAGAUUUUUAUGGUAGUAUGAAUUUGAGUCCUGAAGAAUUGCAGAAAAAGCUGGAUGAAUGCUCCAAACAUAGAUAUAAAUAUCAGCCUCCCGACGAUACAUACCCAGGUAUAUGGGACAUGUCAAUUCCAGAUGAAAAUAGAUUUUGUUAAUUUAUUCAUUUUAUAUUUUUAGUUACUAUGUAAUAUUUUUUGUAAUAAAACUUUGCCACUUUA